AUGUCUGAGGGAAGCACCGAGAUUCGCUGCCACUGUGGUAGAAGUUUUAAAGACGCUGAAGCGAUUGCGCAACAUCGUCGCGACACAAAACCGCAUCCACCUAAGAACCGUUAUUCUUUGUUUCCGAUUGACAAACUGAUGAGGUGCAGCUGUGGCCGCGGUUUCAAGUCUGAAAAGGCGCUACUGCAGCACAAGAGCAUGUCUCCUCGUCACCCGAGAAAGGCGUCGGUAGCACAAGCAGAUACAAAGAACUCCAGCAGCCCAGGCAAUAUGAAAGAUGGCGACGAUAGGAACAAGCUUCCCACAGAGACCGGAGGUGCAACAUCGGAUGCCUUCAACUUGGCACGAGAUAAGGAAUACGAAGAUGAUGACACUGCCAGCAAGGAUGAGCAAGGAAGUCAGCCAUCUCAACAUACAAAUCUGUCAGAUCAGGCGGACAUAACCCAUGGAGCCUUAUCAUCGUCCUUUACCUGGUACCCUGGCGUUGGCGACAACCAUUCACUGUGCUAUGAUCGCUGCGGAUGGUGUGGUCAUUGUGCUGGUGGAACUUCCAGAUUUGCCACCGUCUUCGAAUUGUCACUCCGGCUGAAACUGCAGGGAGACAACAGUAUGCCACCAACCGGAAGAUAUCCAUUUCUUCAGAUACAAGUUCAUGGCGGCGUCAUUGAAAGCGUUGGAGAAACGAGUAUCUAA